AUGGAGAAUAAGGAAGCUGCCUUACCGACACAUGCGAAAGACAACCCUAACGUGUCUGCGGAGGGCGCACCCUCGAAGAAUGCAUUGAAGAAAGCGCAGAAGGACGCAGAAAAAGCCGCAAAGAAGGCUGCGGCAAAGGCAAAGGAGGCGGAACAGAAAGCCGCACAACAAGUGCAGGCGUCUGAAGACACAGCAAAGGACAAAUAUGGCACAUUACCGCAAGACGACCCCGAGAUCACGCACCUCAAGAAGCUGGGAGAGGAGCAUGUCGACAAAGAAGUUACCGUGAUCGUCCGAAUCCACAACUCCAGAAGUCAGAGUGCAAAAUUAGCAUUCCUCAUGUUGCGUCAGCAAGGUAAAACCAUCCAAGCUGUCGUUGCAGCGGCAGGGGAAGCUGUGUCCAGGCAGAUGGUGAAAUGGGCCGUGGGUGUCAACGUCAAUUCUUUCGUCCGCGUCUCAGGUAUAGUCAAGAAGCCCGACCCUCCCGUGGCGUCGGCCUCAAUCAGCAACCUCGAACUGCACGUCACAAAGAUCUACCUAAUCGCCUCCGCCGCCGAACAGAUCCCUAUGCAAGUGAAAGAUGCGGAACGACCACCGCCACCAUCAAUAACAGGAGAAGAAGAAGGGCCCGCAGUUGAUGCUGAGGGGGCUCCUAUCGUCACUUUGAAAACCCGUCUUGACAACCGGGUGAUCGAUCUACAAACAGAGUGCAACCAAGCCAUAUUCACCAUCUCCUCCGGCGUAGAAGGCUUAUUCGAAGAAUUCAUGCGCAAAUCCGGUUCCCGCAAGUUCAACACCCCCAAGCUUCUAGGCGCGGCAACGGAGGGCGGUUCUGGAGUUUUUGAGGUGAACAACUAUUUUGGCAAAAGCGGAUUUCUUGCCCAGUCUCCGCAGCUGCACAAGCAGAUGCUUAUUGCUGGAGACUGUGAGAGUGUCUUUGAGAUUGGUCCGGUCUUUCGAGCGGAGAACAGCAAUACUCAUCGACAUUUGACCGAGUUCACCGGUCUCGAUUUUGAGAUGGUCUUCAAUCACCACUACCACGAAGUGUUAGAUUUUGCCGAGAACCUCAUCGUCUUCAUUGUGCACGAGCUCCAAUCUCGCUUCAAGGACGAAAUUGCCGUCGUGCAAAAGUACUUCCCCCGCGCAGGAGAUUUCCGAAUCAAGGACGGCAAAGCUUUACGAUUGAAGUAUUUCGAGGGAAUCAAGAUAUUGAAAGAUGCCGGGGUGGACACCACCGAACAAGAUAACUACGUCACAGAUUUGACGACAGCCCAGGAGAAGAGACUGGGACAGUUGAUCAGGGAAAAGUACGACACAGAUUUCUACGUGCUGGACGAGUUCCCCAUGGUGGUCCGGCCGUUCUACACGAAACCGCACCCGACAGAUCCGAAAUUGUCCAAUUCCUAUGAUUUUUUCAUGCGGGGCGAAGAGAUCAUGUCCGGUGCCCAACGUAUCAAUGAUGCCACAGAGCUGGAAGCGUCGAUGAGGAGCAAAGGAGUCGACCCGAACGCAGAGGGGUUUCAGGACUACGUCAAUGCCUUCAGGCAGGGGUGUCGGCCUCAUGCGGGUGGCGGAUUGGGUCUGAACCGUAUCGUCAUGUUCUUCCUGGGCUUGGAUAACGUGAGGCAGGCGACACCCUUCCCUAGAGAUCCGCAGAGGUUGAGACCUUAG